UCAACACUUUUACGGAACGUCAAAGUUUAAUCUUAUUUAUAUAGAAGAGUUUGUCUCCUUUUGUGUCCUAGAAAUAGUUCUUCUUGAAACGUACAUAAAUCGUACGUAUUUAGUUUUUUUGUUUGUUUUAAUAUGGGAAUAGAAAACAUGCGUCGCUGGCCUAUGUACAUCGUGUUUGCGGUGUGCAUUUUACUCACCCUUUCACUUUUUAAUAGCUGGAGCUUGGAAACUGAAUUACAAAACAGAGUCGUUGAAAUAAGUUCACAAUUACAAGAAUGUUCAAAAGCCCAAACGUCAUGUAUGGAAGAGUCGUUAACCCUGCUAGAACAGCGAGAUGGUUACAAUUCAAAGAUGAAUACCUUGGGAAAAGAAAAAAUAAAACUGAACAAUCAACUUUCGGAGUACAAUAGUAAAGUCUUAAAAGCCGAAACUCAAGCAAAUCGUACUUUAGUUGACCUUGAUUUUUGUAAGACUGAGCUGCAGAGCUUGAAGAAUCUACAAGUGAGUAAGACAGCAACACUGGAAACAUUGAGAUUGGAAAAAGAUACACUUUCCACUCAGUUAGCUGAGAGAAAAGAAAAGAUAGAGGAGUUAGAAAAAGAAAUAUUGAAAUUAAAAUCAGCUUUGACCACAAAAAGUGGACCAAAUCCAUCAGUUCCUUCUAAAGUAACUCCUGCCGCUCAGCCUCCAAAAUUAAGCCCAGCAUUAAAUGUACACAAUCAAAUCAAUGACCCCGCUUUAGAGAAUGAUGCUAAGGAAGAAAUGGAAGACCCGAAUGCAUUAAAUGAUGGUAAUGAUUUUGACCAACAAGUCUAGCAAAGAGGAGAGUCAACCGUCACUAUGGUGCGUUACUCAGAUAU